AUGACUCCGUCCCGGGACAGAGGUCUGACCGUGUCCCCCCUGUGUCUCUUUGCGGUCGGGACACUGCUCCUCACAGGUGUUAGAAGCGACACAGAGCUUUUGUUUGACUGGACCAACCAAACGAUACACACUCUGGACAAUGGAACAACUUUCAAUCUGACGUUGAUGGACAAAGACCUUCAUCACUUUGACACAGAGAGAAAUUGGACUCUCGUUACGGAGGACGAUGAGGCAUUCCAGGACUGGGAGGACGGGCUGCGGCUGGGACAGUGCCACAAGGAGCUGCUGGAUCAACUCUGUCACGUUUUCUGUGGUGAAGAGUUUUAUGCGAAAAUGAUGAGUUUGAGAAAAGAGCAGUGGUGCGAGCUGGAGGAAAUCAUCAGAGCGUACCAUGAGCUGACCGAGUGCCUGGAGAGGUCGUCCAACAUGGUGGGCUGUUUCUACCCAAACCCCAUCGUCCAGGAGCUCUUUCUGCAGAUCCACUCCCACUUCUUUGCAAACUGCUCCAGAGACGAGCUGCAGGCCGUGGACCCUCCCGGGGCCGUGGUCCUGACCCUGACCCUGAUCCCGGUCGCUCUGAUCCCGGCCCUGGUGUCUGUGGUCAUCUGGAAGAACCAAGGACAAGACUGA